UUUGGUUUUACGCACCAGACGCAGAUGCUUCAUCCAGUGGAAACCCGUCAGUUUUCAGCCCCGUGUAGGAGUUCACGGAGGAGGAUUUAAUUAUCUGUCAUUUUUGCACAGCAGAGCGGCACAAGCGGACAAACUGCCCAGAUCCUGCAGAGACUGGCUGCUGAUGCGCUAAAGAGAGGAGGUCAGCCAGACAUCAUGAGUGACCGAUUCGACUGCAAGAACUGCUACGAGUCCCUGUACGGACGCAAAUACAUCCAGGUGGAGGACAACCCUCACUGCAUCCCCUGCUACGACCGCCUGUAUGCCAACACCUGCCAGCAAUGUAAAGAAAUAAUAGGACACAAUGCCAAGGAGCUCUUCUACGAGGACAGACACUACCACGAGCACUGCUUCCGCUGUUUCCGCUGCGAGCGCUCUCUGGCAGACGAGCCCUUCACCAGCCAGACCGACGGGCUGGUGUGCAGCGACUGCUACUGCAAUGAGUUUUCUUCCAAGUGUGUGUCCUGUGACAAGAUAGUCAUGCCAGGAUCAAGGAUGCUGGAGUACAGCGGUUCCACGUGGCACGAGGACUGUUUUGUGUGUCACGGCUGUGAGAAGCCGAUCGGUGCCGAGGCCUUCAUCCCAGACAAAAACAACUACUACUGCGUGCCGUGCUACGAGGGCAGGGUUGCUCCUCAGUGCAGCCAGUGCAAAAAGGCUCUGACUAAAGGAGGGGUGACCUACAGGGACGAGGUCUGGCACAAAGAGUGUUUUCUCUGCACGGGCUGCAAAGUCCCGCUGGCCGGCUCACCCUUCACCUCGGAGGGGGGAUGCCCGUAUUGUGUCAAGUGCUUCAGCAGCCUCUACGCCAAAAAGUGUGCCGGCUGCAACACGGCCAUCACAGGUUUUGGAGACGGGAAGUACGUUUCUUUUGAGGACCGGCAGUGGCACCAGCCUUGCUUCAAGUGCUCGCGUUGCUCCGUGUCGCUGGUUGGCUCCGGCUUCUUCCCCGACCGCGACCUGAUCCUGUGUACAGACUGCAACAACGACGAGUGACCGCCGCUAAAACUACGCCUGCAGCAGCACCUCUGCACCCGACGCAGCGAAAAAAAAAUACCAAACACUGCUGACACACCAGCAGAGAAACUUCUAAACCUCAGCUGUGCACAUGAACACUGCGAUGUACUAACUCACUCUCAUCAGUGUAAAGCUGAUACAAAGCUCAGUAUUUACGAAAUUCUUUAUCAGCCUUCAGCACGUUGAAAUGUAUGUAUAAAUUCUGCAGAAAUGUCCUGUGAUGUUGUAUGACUUUGUUUUUUUUCUUUUAUUUUCUAAUGUUUUGCACAUCAUAUAGUUAAUAAAAUAUGCAAAAGAUAUUUGUAAACGUUUAAAUUAAGCUGGUUUGUUUGUUUGUCAGGAUGAUAAUUCACCAUGAAUGACACUUUUUAUAAAAACUUUGACCGCUAGACAGAUCCGAUGCAUUUUAUUUUAGCUAUUUGAACGCUUGUGUUCCUACUUUUUGGGACAUCAACUUCAUAUAUUCCACUAUGCAAAACUGCCUUUCUCUUUGACUCUUAAAUAAAGAGCCAUCCUAGAGAUCACACUGCUUCCUGUACGUUAACUUCUUUAUUAAGAGGAAGCUUUUCUUUUUAGGUACAAUAUACAGUAUAUAAAGAUAAUGCUUGCAGCAGUUAUAAAUUUCAAUAGAUCUCACUUUUUUUUGUGCAGCGACGUAACCUUCUGCUGUUUUCUUAGCAAUUAAAUAUGUCAAAGAAAGGCUUGAUGAUUGUGCGGGCCCCUGAGCCUGUUGAUUCUGUGUAUUGUGUGUUGUGUGUGUGUGUGUGUCUCGCAGGUCCUCGGCUGGGUGGAGCCGAGGUGCCGUUGAGCUAACUGGGAACACCUGGCCAGUGUUCCCAAGUUACUUAAAACUGCCUGCCCAGACACCACCGUUCACCGAGCUCGGGAUGUUUCUCUUGCGUUGCUUUCUUUUGUGCACUCUCAUACACCACUGAUCCUGAUUUUCACACCUCAUUGCAGUUAUUAUUGUUGUUUACUUUAAUAAAUUUCAGUUUGUCACUGCUAA